AGCUGAAACGUGCAGUUGUCAUUGGCAAUCGCAGCAGCGUAUAAGCGAUAAGCGAAACUAGAAAAGCGAACCAAAGCAACAGUGCGUAAAUCCAACGGUACUCUGACGGCGACAGCGACGCUGGCAGCGUUAACUCAAAUUAGCAGAACGCAGCGUAAAUAAACAAAUAAUUCUGCAGGCAGUCGGCCGCAGGCAGCAACACAAAUAAUUCAGACAGUGAAAAAUAACAGAGAAAUUCGUGAAAUUCGAGAAAUCGCAGAAACGUUUGCCAAAUAUUUUGAAAACCUCGAAACAACGGGGCAAAAAGUGCGUGCCGUUUGGAAAUUGUGCGCACCGCAGUCAAGGAUGGGCCGUGUGCCAAGGCGGCAACUGGCGUCGCAUAACAAUGGCUAAACAACAAACCCAAUGCACUUGGUCAAUGACAAAACAACAAUAAGGCUUACAAACAAAACUACAAUCUAUAUAUAUAUAUAUCGAUAUAUUCUCAAUAUAUUUAUGUAGAGCUUAUUGAACCAUGUUUCUAUUGUUUGCGUGGCUUCAAUUGGUCUGUGGCAGCACCACAGAGCCACAGCCGGACUGGCUGCUGGUCGGAAACACAAGCCGAGCUGCCUACGACUAUCCAAAUGAUACGCUCCACAGCCCACAGCCGGAGGAGUAUCUGCCAGCGACGGGCAGCUCGAUACACAGCACGGAUCUGCCCACGUACCAGCAUUGCAUGGAGACACGCAACUCCUUUGCGGAUCUGUUGACUGUGGUGCUCUAUGGCCUCGUCUGCAUUGUGGGCCUGUUUGGCAACACGCUGGUCAUCUACGUGGUGCUGCGCUUCUCCAAGAUGCAGACGGUGACCAACAUCUAUAUACUCAACCUGGCCAUAGCCGACGAAUGCUUUCUGAUUGGCAUUCCCUUUCUGCUCUAUACGAUGCGCAUUUGCAGCUGGCGUUUCGGGGAGCUGAUGUGCAAGGCGUACAUGGUGAGCACCUCGAUAACGUCGUUCACCUCGUCCAUCUUUCUGCUGAUCAUGUCGGCGGAUCGGUACAUAGCUGUAUGUCAUCCCAUAUCCUCGCCACGCUAUCGCACUUUGCACAUUGCCAAGUUGGUGUCGGCGCUGGCUUGGAGCACCUCGGCGGUGCUGAUGCUGCCCGUCAUGCUCUAUGCCAGCACCGUGGAGCAGGAGGAUGGCAUCAACUACUCGUGCAACAUCAUGUGGCCGGAUGCGUACAAGAAGCACUCGGGCACCACCUUCAUACUCUACACCUUCUUUCUGGGCUUCGCCACGCCCCUGUGCUUCAUACUCAGCUUUUACUAUUUGGUCAUACGCAAGCUGCGCUCGGUGGGUCCCAAGCACACGACCAAGUCCAAGGAGAAGCGACGUGCCCAUCGCAAGGUGACGCGUCUGGUGCUGACCGUCAUCACAGUCUACAUCUCCUGCUGGCUGCCGCACUGGAUGUCGCAGCUGGCACUGAUCAACUCGAAUCCGGCACAGCGAGAUUUGUCCCGACUAGAGAUACUCAUCUUCCUGCUGCUGGGCGCCUUGGUCUAUUCCAACUCGGCGGUGAAUCCCAUACUGUACGCCUUCCUCAGCGAGAACUUUCGCAAGAGCUUCUUCAAGGCCUUCACCUGCAUGACCAAGCAGGACAUCAAUGCCCAGCUGCAGCUGGAGCCUAGCGUCUUCACCAAGCAGGGCAGUCGUCGACGUGGCGGCUCCCGACGUCUGCUGACCACGAAUCCCCAGCAACAGCAGCAACAACAACAGCCGCCACUGCUCUCGCUGCACAUGGGCAACAACAACUCAUCGACCACCACCUCCUCGACGACCACAGCUGAGAAGACGGGCUCCACCAAUGCGCCCAAGUCUUGCAGCUCCAAUGGCAAGAUAACCGUGCCCACUUCCAUGGCGCCAGAGGCAGAGAAUCUGAUAAUUUGCCUCAGCGAGCAGCAGGAGGCAUUUUGCACGACGACGCGGCGCGGCUCCGGCCUGAUUCAGCAAACUGAUCUAUAAAACUAGUCUCUGACCGAAACCCGAACGAAAGAAAGUCUCUUAUUAGAUGUAUGUGUAUAUAUAGAAUAUAUAGAUGCCUGACU